AUGUCUCUCGCCAGAGCGGCCGGCACCGUGCUCAGGCCAAGACUCAUCUCUACCCCUCUCCUCCGUACUCGCGCGGCGUCGUCGCACGCGCAUGAGGAGCACCACGACGACCACCACGGCGAGGCCCACGAUUCAACAGUCUAUCCGAAGGAGGACUUCUCAAGUCCCUUCUGGGGGCGACUCGCGCUCUUCGGCCUCGGCGCUGUAGGCUUCUACAAGUUUGCGCCUUCCCCGGACGAGGAUAACAUCGUCACGCGUGUGAUCGCGGCCUACUCGACCCCGAGGGAAGUCUGGGAGAAGCUGAGCUUAAAGCACUUGGUGCAAUCGGUGGAGGUGUCGGAUGAUAGUCUGCUGGUUGCGGAUGCCCAGCGUGCGCCCGUGCAUCGGUACCGCUACCCCCAACGCUUCGAGCAGACGUCGCCGCAUCUGCACCCGGUGGGGCUCGCGGUGGAUAUCAGCAAUGUUGUAGUCAAGAAUGUCUGA